AUGAAACAAACAAGCUGCUUCAUAUAUGCCCUUCUGCUGGUCACCAUUACGGGUGCCACUAAGAGUGGCAUAGUGGGCGGUAAAGUUGCAGAGAAGCACUCCAGACCGUACAUGGCAUCGAUCCAGGUUGACGGGCAACAUUUGUGUGGUGGGAUUCUUAUUCGCAAAGAUUUUGUUCUAACUGCAGCCCACUGCAAAGACUGUUAUCGUGAUAUGACAGUGGUACUCGGUGCGCAUGACAUCAGCCAGAAGGAGAAAAGUCAGCAAACGCUAAAUGUGAAAAAGUACCACGUGCAUCCAAAAUUCAAUAAAAAAUUUGAUUACGACAUUAUGUUACUUGAGCUGGAAAAAAAGGCCAAACUGAAUAAGUAUGUGAAACUGCUUGGAUUGGUGGAGAAAGAUGAAAAAAUCCCUACGAACGUUUACUGUGCUGUUGCUGGAUGGGGCAACACUGGACCUACAGAGUCUUCUUCAAAUCUUCUCAAAGAGGCCACAGAGAAGAUACAAUCUAUCUCCGAGUGCAAAAGUAUUUGGAAAGAACAUUUCAUUUCCCAGCAUAUGAUUUGUACUACGUUCAACAAAAAGGAAGGAGGAGUGUGUCAGGGGGAUUCUGGUGGACCACUUAUUUGCAACACCAAGCUUCAAGGCAUAACUGCCUACACAGCUGAGAAUGCAUGUGACGAUCAGAAAUAUCCCCAUGUCUUCACUAAAGUUCAUUUCUUUCUUCCCUGGAUCAAGACAGUGAUGAGGAAAUAA